GCCAUUCCAGCGAUGGGGUAGAGCUAAUCUUAGUUUGUUGUGGCUCAACACACUUGGGAUGCUCUGGGACCAGCGCGGGCUGCUACGCCGGACAUCCCCCCCAUCACGGCGAGAGAGAAUUAGAUCCGAGCAACAAACUCUUUUUGAGACUCCGGAGGCUGUUUUUGCGCGCGCUAGGGUUGCUUCAAACUUAGUUUGACGAAGAGAGGAAGCGGGCCGAGGAAACCGUAGUGGUUUUAGCUGCGCGCGGAAGAAGCAGCGUGCGCGGCGGUGGUUGUUUGGUUUUUGUUUCCUGUGUUGCUGUUAGCUGCGCAAAGGAAGGGGACUGGACACAACGUGAUGGACUUAGAUCAGUGGCUUGAGAAAGUGAAGAGCGGCAACUACCUCUUGGAAGACGAGCUCAAGCAACUAUGUGAAUAUGUGAAAGAAAUAUUGGUGGAGGAAUCCAAUGUUCAGCCUGUCAACAGUCCCGUUACUGUUUGUGGCGAUAUCCAUGGCCAGUUUCAUGACUUGAUGAAGCUUUUUCAGACUGGAGGACACGUCCCCAGCACAAACUACAUCUUCAUGGGUGAUUUUGUGGAUCGAGGUUACAACAGUUUGGAAGUAUUUACAAUACUUUUGCUGCUGAAAGCAAGAUACCCUGCUCAUAUGACGUUGUUGAGGGGUAACCAUGAGAGUAGACAGAUAACUCAGGUAUAUGGAUUUUAUGACGAAUGCCAGCGGAAGUAUGGAAACCCAAAUGCUUGGCGGUACUGCACUGAUGUUUUUGACUACCUUACACUCUCAGCCAUAAUAGAUGGAAGGGUGUUGUGUGUUCAUGGAGGUCUGUCUCCAGACAUUCGGACAAUUGAUCAGAUUAGGGUGAUAGAGAGGCAGUGUGAGAUUCCUCAUGAAGGGCCAUUCUGUGACUUGAUGUGGAGUGAUCCUGAGGAUAUCGAAACUUGGGCUGUUAGCCCACGAGGUGCUGGGUGGCUUUUUGGUGCACGCGUUACCUCUGAGUUCAAUCACAUAAACGGAUUGGAGCUUGUAUGCCGUGCGCAUCAAUUAGUUCAAGAGGGAUUGAAGUACAUGUUUCCUGACAAAGGACUUGUCACGGUGUGGUCCGCUCCAAACUAUUGCUACAGAUGUGGAAAUGUUGCUUCAAUCUUAAGCUUCAACGAAAAUAUGGAGAGAGAUGUGAAAUUUUUUACUGAGACCGAGGAGAACCAGGCUAUGAUGGCACCUCGAGCAGGAGUUCCUUACUUCUUGUAGAGAUAUUUGUCGCAGAUACCACAUGACGACCGGAAAGCAUCAUAUGGUGCUCCUAGUAAAGUAAACCCUGCUACCUGCGUAAUACAUGGAUUGUGGUGUCAUGUCCCAAUGGCUGCGUAUUUGUCUGCAACUUGAUUCAAGGCAGUAAUCAUUCUGUAGCAUUAUGAUUUCUUGGUUAGUCAGAAGGAAGUAUUCUAAACAGACCUCAAAGUAUUGAGGUGAAAUUUGUCAUUUGAAAUAGACUUCUUUUGCCGUAGGAUUUGUUGAACCUUACUGUAUUCAUUUAGUAGUUGUAGAUUGGGCAGCUUUGGUUGGGGAGGGUGCGUAUCGAUUAUCUCUUAUUAUCUAAUGAGGCCUUGACUUAUGUACAUGGUUUUGUGCAGUCAUGUUCAGAGGGUGGGUAGUUGAAUGUUGAAGUUUGUCCGCUAGUUCAGAUGCCACUUAAGUUGUAGCUCAUGGGCACCAAGACAAUGUAGGGUCAAACAUUUUUAAUUUUUUCAUUCUUGAUAUAUGUACUCCGCAAUUUUCGAAGUUGUGACGCACAUUGAAUGUGCAAAGCUAAAACUGGCUUCAGCAGCUUUCUUCCGUGGAGCUAUCUAGUUUCAAGUUA